AUGGCCACCUUGGAUGCACUCUUUGAGGAAAUUGUCACCAAUGACAAAGGCCUAGUCAACGUAGCAGCAAAAGCUGUCGAUCGAAAUGGUAAGCCGAUUCGGUCGGAUGCGGUUUAUUUUAUUGCAUCGUGCUCGAAGUUGAUUGCUAGUAUUGCUGCUAUGCAAUGUGUGGAUCGAGGCCUUUUGGGGCUGGACGACGAUGUAACGCAAUGGCUGCCGGAGUUGAAGGAUGCACCCGUGAUAUCUCUGAUCCGUGAUGCUGCUUCUUCUCCUCAAAGUCUGACUCGAGAGUGCAGAGUUGAAAAGGGCGAUUUGCCCCAAAUUAUCACGGAGAAGAGAAAGGGUAUCGUCACGCUACGGCACUUUUUGACGAAUACAUCUGGUUUCGCCUACGACCAGUUCGACCCGACUUCAUUCGUAUGGCGAGCCUCUCGAGGCCAAGGUCCCCAGACGAAUUUGUGCAAGAUGAGCAACCUCGCCGACCAACCCGUCGUGUUCGAACCAGGACAAUCCUGGGCAUAUGGACUGGGCUUCGAAUGGUCUGGAGAACUAGUCUCUCGUCUAAACAAAAUGUCAUUCGAAGACUACUUGCAAGAGAAUAUAUGGAAGCCUCUCGGCCGAAACAGCACCACCUUCCGUCCCUGGGAGCAUCCUGAGAUCGAAGCUCGCGAGGCCGGAAUGGCAGUACGGACACCAGAUGGCGGACUCGCCCCCGUAGGCAGUAUCCUGCCACGCCCCGCACCAGAUGACAUGGGCGGUAUAGGACUCUACAGCACCGUCGACGACUACGUCGCCGUCCUCGCCGAUCUCAUAUCCCCGCAACCCAAAUUGCUGAAGCCCGAAACAGCAGACGAAUUCUUCACACCACAACUCGGCGUCGACUCACCCGCGUGGAAAGGUCUUUUGCAAAGUCAACACAUCUGGGCUCCCUUGACAGGACUCGCACCAAAUGCGAGCGACGAGGUAUUGCGCAAGAUGGAUUUCGGCCUCAGUGGCGUUUACGUUGUUGAGGAUACGGAUUCUUUGCCUGCGGGGACCCUUUCCUGGUGGGGAAUGCCCAAUUUGACGUGGUUUGCUAAUCGCAAAGUCGGUGUUGCGGGUAUGCUUGCGACGCAAUUGCUUCCUCCGGGGGAUCAAGUGCCGAUUGAAUUGAGUGGGAAAUUGAGGGAGGUUGUCUUUGCCAAGGCUACGUGA